AAAAAUUCAUUUUCUGUCCCUUUAUUACAAAAAAAAGAUGAACCCUCUGUUAGGGUUUUCAUUUCCUUUGCCGCCGCAGCCACUAAGGGCGUCCCACAGCCUCCGUCGUCGCCACCGCGGCCAGUGGCCAGUGUUGUGCAAAACAGGCUUUUCAACCCUUGUUUCACAACAAAACCGAAGGCUAGGCCUUCUCAAGCCCAGGUCCGAAAGGAAAAAGGCCCAAAGUCCCCUCUUCUGGCCGACUCCGACGACAGCGAUGGAAUCUUCGGCGCCAGGUUCACGGGAUAAACAGGUGCAAUUGGCGGAGCAGGUGGCGUUGGUGGCUGCCAGAGGAGUGGCGGCAGUAGGUCGGCAGUAGGUCAAGAGACAGAAGGCUGCGGCGUUAGGGUUUCAGAAAAGCUGAAACCCUAGUUUGGCUCUUGACAUUUGGGUUUAGGUCUUGAUGGGGUUUUGGGCCUUCAUUGUAAUUGGGCUCGGGUUUUAAUUGGGUUAUUGGGUUAGGUCUAGGUGGGUUGUAAUUGGGCUGUUGUUUUUGUUUUGCUGGUAUAGGGCUCGGGUUUAGUCUAGGCUAUUGGGUUUCUGGUUGUAAUUGGGUUAGUUGGGCCCCGGGCAAAAUGGGCUUGUACAAGAAAUUUUGGGGCGUUACAAGUAUCAUUCAAAGGAUUAAAUUUCACUACUUACCAAAAAAUAAUUAAAAUGUUAAUUUAAUCUUAUUUUUUAA